AUGGUUAUCCCAUUUUUCUUGUCAUUGUUGUUUGCUGGUUCCUCACCAGACAAAGUACCUCAUGUCGGUGAGAUUGGGGCCUCUUGUGACCCACGUAAUUUGCCGUGUACAACUCCAAAUACUUUUUGCGUCAAUAAUAUCUGCGCCUGCUCACCAAUGUACGAAGAGGUCAACAAAGAGUGUAUCUUAAAAUCAAGUAAAACUCUGGCAUCGAAAUGUAAAACAUCGGAUGAAUGUACGGGAAAGGGGGAAUACUGCAAUAGGGGCAGUGGAAAAUGCUGGUGCUUAUCAACACAUUUCGUCCUAGGCGGAAAGUGUAAACCAAUAAUUUAUCCCGGACAAAAGGGUUGUGAAGAUUCAAGACAAUGUGCUAAAGGUUAUCCAGGUGCUAUUUGCAGUCAGAAUAAAUGCCACUGUCCAAAGGGUUUUAAAGCUAAAGCAUUCAGUUGUUUCAAAAAUAAACGAUAUACUCCACAACGCAAACGAUCGCAACCGCCCUCUAUGAGCGCUUACGACCAGAUCAGUUUUACUGAAAAAGCAAAAUAUAACCUGUCCGGCUUCCCAACAGUGCACCGAACAACCGUUUCAUUUUUAUGCCCUGUACAGCAAGUAUUUAUAGAAGAAGCUGGCAUUUGUAUGACAACACGACUACCGGGCGAAUCUUGUCAUUACUCUGAACAGUGUAUAGCAACUGAACCAGGAGCAUUUUGUCAGAAACUGAGAUGUACGUGUGCUCGGGGAAUGAAAUUCAGUGGAAAUUCAUGUACUUUAAGGGAUACAAAAUGUUCUAUUCAUGGUUAUGUUUGGGUACCUGAAGUGGGCCAGUGUAUGCAAGUGCUACCACCCGGUGCAGAUGGUUGCAGUCACUCAGUACAAUGUUCAGCAGCCGUUGAUGGCGCAUACUGUUCUCGGCAUAAAUGUAUGUGUCCUGGGAAACUAAUACCGAUUAAUGGGAUAUGUGCGGUGAAAUGCGGUGAAAACAUGACAUUCUCUGCAAUAGUUGGAAAAUGUAUAUCAGCUGUUAAACCAGGAAGGCAAUGUCAGUACUCAUCACAGUGUCAAACAAGUAACGCUGAAAUGAUUUGUAUUCGAGGAAUUUGUCGUUGCUCUCUGGGUAAAGUAUUCACAGGUGACAGGUGUGCUGAAAAUUGCCUUCAAGGUCAUAUUGUCGGUAAUAACGGAAUAUGCAAACAAGUACCAGUGGUAAAUGCUUGCUCAAAUGGAAGUGAACAGUGUCUGAGUAGCUCAAGCUGUUCUUCCGGUAUAUGCGAAUGUCCGUUUGGGACAGUAUCAAAAUCCGGUGAAUGUUUAUUAGAACGAAGGGUUCCCAUUGGUUUUCCUUGUAACUCUACUCAAAUUUGUCUCGGAAUUGCAAAUUGCAUUGAUGGCAUCUGUCAGUGCCCAAUGGGUAUGGUUAUACAGAAUGGGAAGUGUCGUGACUUUAUGUUAAGUGGUGCUGGAGGUAGUUGUGCUAACGGAGAAUUAUGCAGUGGUGGAUCGAUAUGUACCAAAUCGAUCUGUUUAUGCCCAACUGGUACAACAAACCAAAGUGGUCUAUGCGUACCUGAACAAAAAAAAUUUUUUCUCUUUCCAAGAAAAUAUGAAGAGACAUGUAUAAAUGGAGGAACAUGUUCUGGUGAUUUACUUUGUAUCGAUGGGAUUUGUCAAUGCCCGCAAGGGACAUUCUUGAAUAAUAGACAAUGCAUAGCAGCAACAGGUAAAUGCUCGAAUUCCUUGCAGUGUGGAGUAAACUCCUUUUGCGAUCACAAAAGCGGUCUUUGUAUUUGCCAAGAUGGGCACCAGUACUGGAAUCAGUCCUGUAUACCAAUGUUUUCACGUACGUUAAUAUCACCAAUCAAAACAUGUAUCAUCAAUGCCGAUUGCAUAGCUGGUACGAAGUGCGUCGCAAACAGGAAUGGAAGAAGGAAUGCCGAUGAAAAAUGUCAUUGUCCAGCAGGUGAGAUUUUUACGGAGGGUAGAUGUCAGAUGGUUUUUGCUGAACCUGGCGAAUCUUGUUUUAAUGGGGAAACUUGCAUAUCAAACUAUGUUUGCAUUAAUGGUUCAUGUUCAUGUCCUGAUGGUGAAGUGUCGAAGGAUGGCAAUUGUAUUACAGAGAAUACUGAAAUUAAGAAGUAUACCAGCUAUCAAGCCGAGCCUAAUUCUCCCUGUAACAGAGGUGAACUUUGUAUCGGUGGAUCAUUUUGCAAUGUUAUGGAUGGACUUUGUCGAUGUCCUGCGGAUACUAUCUUGCAAAGUGGAAGAUGUGAAUUCACUAAUGAACAAUUGCUUUUCACGCUUCCGCCACAGUACAUUUUUAAUCGAAGUAAGGACAUGCUAAGGAGAUCAUCGAAUCAUACUAGAAUCAAUAUAACUCGAGUAACACUUCGUAUAAAUGGUUGCGAAAGUAACGAUGAUUGCCACGGCGGCUCUUACUGUUUUGGCCACCGAUGUGUUUGUCCCAUUAAUAUGAUCAUGAAAGGUGGCUUAUGUCAGAGAAUGUUCCCGACUUCACGCGAGAGAGCGGGUAGACGAUGUUCAGCAAACUACGAUUGUGUAAUGCAUAAUACAGUAUGUCAGAAGGGAGUAUGCGUCUGCCUUUCUGGAUAUGAUUUGUUUGGAGGUACAAAAUGUAUACCAAAAGCAACACCCUUCCUUAAAACUUACCGACAAACAGUAACACCAGCAGUAACGACAGCAAUUACUCCUAUGAGCAACAGUAUUGUCGAGAACAGUAAAACUGAUGAAAUGGUAACAGAUGAAGUGAUAAGUUCAGAGAAAGAAAUUAAACCAGAUGAAACAAGCCUUGGUUCUACAACGUUCACAGCUUUAUCACUAACUGACGUUGGCAAUGAACGUAUACCAUCGAGUCGGCAAACUGAAGUAAUCGUAAACAUAUCAGGUGGCGUUUGCAACGAAACAACACUCUGUCUGUUUUUCUCCGUUUGUCGUAGCGGUAUUUGUAAAUGUCCUUUGGGUACUCGUAUCUCCGACACAGAAUGCAAAUUUAUGGUUGAUGUAAGUCGCCUGCGACAAUUCGAGAAAUUAUUGCAUAAUGGAUAUUCGCUAUUAGCGUAUUCGAAAGGUUCUACAGUUCCGUUUAAGUCGCAAACAACCCAUUCGUUAUCUUUAACAGCUGCAAGUCAGUCUAAUUCAACUGUAAAAGUUAUUACAAUGCCAGCGAAUCGGAUUCGGAGUAUGAAGGAAGUGUGGCCAACGACGCAGCCACAGAUACAGCCUAAACUUGUAACAUCGAUGAGCAAAGCAUCGCGUUUGGGCGCUUAUUGUGAUGAUGAAAAAGCUUACUGCGCAAAUGGUUCAGUAUGUAUUGAAAAUCAAUGUGUGUGCGAGUCUGAUGAUGUAAUGAUUGACAAUAUGUGUGUUCCACGUGUUCAUGUUCGAUGUAAAACAUCCCGGCAGUGUCCUUCUCGGGCCCAAUGUAUCCACGGUUUAUGCUCUUGUGUCUCAGGUACUGCUAUGUCUCGAUAUGGCUUCUGUAUACCAGUGAAUAUCGAAUCACAUCCUGGAAUGCCAUGUUCUGAUGGAGAGACGUGCAGUGGAUUUUCGAAGUGUAUCCGAGGGUUGUGUACCUGUCCACCUGAGAAGAAUAACAUCGUUGAUAAUGAAUGUGUUAAAGUUCGUGUUUUCUUCAUCGGCAAAACAAAGUUUUGGAUUCAUUGCAAAGAUAAUCCCUGUGAAAAAUCUAAGAAAUUAAAACUUAAACGCUCACAGGGCACUGUACCUUCCGGACAUUAUUGCAUGAUGUGCUGCACUUUCAUCGUUGACAAACAAUUGAGAAAUGAUUUUAACCAGAAAAUACAACACAAAAUUCAUUUGUUUCCACGUGAAAUUUUCACGUUAGUACGAGUAAUCACCGAAAGGCUUGCAGAAGAAGAACAAAAUAAAGUAUUUGCAUUCGAAAGAAGUGUCCGUAUGGUUUUGCUAGUUUUUGUGUCAAGGACAGCGGAGCAAUGGAAAUAA